CCCCGGGGACGAGGCUGAGAGACUGCCAGCUGGGCUGGGGGAUGGAGGGAGGGAGGCCCUGAUAGCACUGGACAGGACCAGACAGGACCAGAGAGGACCGGACCGGCCGGGAAGGCCUCCCAACCCUCCCCCUCGGGGGCCCACCGGUCCCCAUGAGCUCAGGGGAGGCCGAGCAGAAGCUGGAGGUGGUCAUCGAGAAGCUGGAGAGCCAACUCCUGGACUGCGGAAAGAAGCAGGAGGAGAAGGAGGAAGAGGUGGAAGAGGAGGAAAAGGAGGAGGAGGAGACCCAAUCAGCUCCGGGCCCAGCACAGGACUCCCCGCCCUCCUGCCUGGCCGCCCGCAUCCGAGAGAUCGUCACCCGCAAUCUGUCGGAAAGGGAGGGCUCAGGCGCCGCCUCCUACGAGGUAGAGAUGGCGUCCCUCCUGUCACUCCAGGAGGAGAAUCGGAUCCUGCAGCAGGAACUGUCCCGGAUCGAAGACCUGUUGGCCCAGAGCCGGGCCGACCGGGAUGAGCUGGCCAUCAAGUACAACGCCAUCAGCGAGCGGCUGGAGCCGGCCCUGCAGCUGGAGUCUGGCGGGCCCGGGCGGGACUCUGGGGAGCCCAGGGGCCUGGUCCAACAGAAUGUUGAGCUGCGGCGGCAGCUAGAGGAGGAGCAGGCCGCCUACAAGAGGAAGCUGCAGGCCUACCAGGAGGGGCAGCAACGCCAGGCCCAGCUUGUGCAAAAGCUGCAGGCCAAGGUUCUCCAGUACAAGAAGAAGUGUGAAGAGGUGGAGCAGCAACUCCUGGAGAAAUCCACACUGCUGGAGCAGCAACGCCUGGUGAACCACCUGGACCUGACUGACUCGCGGCUGCGGCUGGAUGAAGAGCAGAGCCGGGAGCUGGAGAACACGCUGAUUCGACUGGAGGAGGAACAGCAGAGGAGUGCCAGCCUGGUCCAGGUGAAUGCCAUGCUGCGGGACCAGCUGGAACAGGCCAGCAUCGCCAACCAGGCCCUGAGCGAUGACAUCCGCAAACUGACCAGCGACUGGACCCGCAGCCGAGAUGUGCUGGAGCAGCGGGAGGCGGAGUGGAGGCGCGAGGCGGAGUCCUUCAACGCCUACUUCAGCAGCGAGCACAGCCGCCUGCUGCUGCUCUGGAGACAGGUGGUGGGCUUCCGGAGGCACGUCGGCCAAAUGAAGGCCUCCACGGAGAGGGACCUGUGUCAGCUGCGAGGGGAGCUGGCACGGACGGCCCGGGCCAUCCAGGCGGCCGGAGUCGGGCUGAGCGGGAGCCUGCGCCUGGCGGAGAGCGGCAGAGAGGCGGCCCUGGAGCGACAGACCGUGCUGCGGGCCCAGCUGGAGGAGCAGCUGCGGGACAAGGGCCGCGAGUUGAUCCAACUCCAAAUGAAGGGCGACCUGGAGAAGGCGGACCUGAGCGCCAGAGUGACCGAAUUGGCACUGUCCCUGGAGCGGCUGCAGAGCCAGGCUGCCGAGAAGGAGCGGGCCAACGAGGCCCUGACCCAGAAGCUGGAGACCCUGGAGGCCGCGCGGCUGCAGGAGCAGACGGUUCUGGAAGCGGAGGAGCUGGAGACCCUGAGGACUGAAUCGGAGGUGCUGCAGCAGACCUUGAGGGACCUGGCUCAGGCCGUCCUGUCAGAUGCAGACAGCGGGGUUCAGCUGAGCGGGCCGGAGCGCACCCCGGAGGCCUCGGACGCCAGCCUGCGUGGCCUCUCCUCGAGCCUGUGCACCCCCUCCCCGCUGCGCCCCUGCUCCCCCCGCCGCUGCGGCUCCCCGGCCUGCUCGGACUCCACGCUGGCCCUGGUCCACUCCGCCCUGCACAAGAGGCAGCUCCAGGUUCAGGACAUGCGGGGGAGGUACGAGGCGAGCCAGGACCUGCUGGGCUCCCUGCGGAAGCAGCUGGGCCAGGGCGAGGGGGAGCGGCGGGCCCUGGAGAAGCGGCUGCUGCAGCUGCAAGACAAGCUUGAUGGAGCGGCUCAGGCCAAGGAGGAUGUCCAGAGAGAGGCUCAGCGGCUCCGAAGCAUCACUGACCUCCUGAGCAGUGAGAAGAGCGAACUGGCCGGAAAUGUCCAGGCCCUGCAGCAGCAGGUGGCCUCCCUGCGGCAGGAGCAGGAGAAGCUGCAGUUGGCCAGCGGGGACCUGCAGCGGCAGAGGGAUCAGCUGGCGGAGGAGAAGGACGACGCCAUCCAGGACAGGGAGCGGGCCCGCAGGGAGAUCGAGCGAAGCCACAAGCAGCUGGAGCAGGUGGAGGUGAAGAAGUCAGGUCUGGCCAAGGAGCUGGUGCUGGCGAAAGAGGCGUUGAGCAAGGCCACGCUGGAGAAGGACGUGCUGGAGGCCGAGAAGGCGGAAGUGACGGAGGCGCUGAGCAAGGUUGAGGCCAGCAGGGUGGAGCUGGAGUUGGCCAUGGGGAAGCUGAAGGCGGAGGAGGCCUCUCUGCGAGACUCGCUGUCUAAACUGAGCGCCCUCAACGAGAGCUUGGCCCAGGACAAACUGGAGCUGAACCGGGCCAUUGUGCAGCUGGAAGAGGAGCGAGGGGCCCUGCUGGGGCAGAGGCGGGAGGCGGAGCAGGAGAAGGGCUCCAUGCGGGACCAGCUGGUGCGGCUGGAGCAGGAGAAGCUGGAGCUGAAGGCCGGACGGCAGGGGCUGGAGCGGGCCCUACGCGAGGCCCAGGAUACCCGGGACCGCCUGGAGCGUCAGCUGUCCACCUUGCACAGGGAACGGGCUCAGCUGCAGGAACAGUUGGCACAGCUGUCGCGUCAGCGGAGCGGGCAGGAGGAGGAGCUGCUGCAGGCGCGGCGGGAGGGGGAGCGGCAGGCCGAGACUCUGGCCCGGACGGCGCGGGAGCAGGAGUCGCUCACCAAGGAGAAGGCCAGCCUGGCGGUGCAGCUGGCUGCCUCCGAGCGGGAGAACCGGUCCCUGGCUGAGGAGACUACCAGCCUCCGGUCAGAGAAGGAAGCCCUGGAGACCAGCUUAUUUGACCUGCAGCACCAGUUGGGGCACCUGGAAGGCCGGAAGGAACAGCUGGAGUCUGAGAACCAGGCCCUGCUCCUGGCCAAGGAGACGCUGCAUGUGGAGCUGACGGCCCUGCGGAGACAGACGGAGGCCGAGGGGCAGAGGGCGGCGAGAGACAAGGAGGACCUGGUGCAGAAGCUGGCCCGGGUGGAGCAGGAGGCCCAGGCCACGCUGCGGGGGGAGCAGACCGCGCACGAGGAGGCCGUGGAGCGACUCCACAGGGAGAAGGAGGCGGCCCGGCGGGAGCUGGAGGCAGAGCGGACAGAACUGGUGCACCGGUUCACCCAAGAGAGGGAGGAGCUACUCGCCCGCUUCGAAGCAGAGAAGGAGGAGCUGAGCGAGGAGAUCACCGCUCUGCAGCAAGAGCGAGAUGAGAGCCUCCUCCUGGCUGAGAAUGAGAAGCAGCAGGCGCUGUCCCUCAAGGAGUCGGAGAAGACGGCUCUGUCCGAGAAGCUGAGUGGCACCCAGCAGAGCCUGGCCGCCAUCUCCAUGGAGAUGGAGCGUCAGAAGCGCGACACCUUGAGUCGGCAGGAGCAGGACCGGAGCACGAUCAACUCGCUGACGGCGGAGCUGAGGAGCCUACGGGCCCAGUUCGAGGAAGCCAUCACGGCCCAUGAGCGGGAGGUGAAGAUGCUGCACGAGCAGGCUUGGGAUCUGGGCAAGCAGCGGGAGUCCUGCCUCCGGGAGGUGGAGGAGCUGCGGAGCCAGCUGCAGCUGUUGGAGGAUGCGCGAGACGGGGUGCGGCGGGAGCUCCUGGAGGCCCAGCGGAAAAUGCGGGAGGGGCAGGAAGGGCGCGAAGCCCAGCGCCAGGAGACCCUGGAACUGCGUCGCAGUCUGGGGGACAGUGCCAAGGAACGCGAGGCCCUCCGCUGCUCCAAUGAGGAGCUACGGGCUGCCGUGAAGAGGGCUGAGGGCGAGAGGAUCUGCCUGAAACGUGCCAACGAGGACAAGGAGCAGAAACUGGCCCUCAUGGAGGAGGCCCGGGCGGCAGCGGGCAGGGAAGCCGGGGAGCUGCGGACCGGGCUGCAGGAAGUGGAGAGGUCACGGCUGGAGGCUCGCCGGGAGCUACAGGAACUGAGGCGGCAGAUGAAGGUGCUGGACAGCGAGAACACCAAGAAAAGCCAGGAGGUGGGGGAGCUGCAGGCCCGCCUAGCACUGGGGGAGCAGGCGGAGAAAGAGAGCCAACGAGAGGUCUUCGGCCUGAAGCAGAAACUCCGGCAGAGCGAGGCCAACUGGGAGACAGCUCAGAAAGAGAUUCAGGCCUUGCAGAGGAAGCUGUCGGAGCUGGAGGGGGAGUUCCGGGCGCGGGAGCGGGGCCUGUUGGGCUCCCUGGAGGAGGCACGGGGGACCGAAAAGAAGCUGCUGGACAACGCCCGCCACUUGGACCUGAAGCUGGAGGGGGCCCAGGCCCAAGCCGCCGAACUGGGGCUGCGACUGAGUGCGGCCGAAGGCCGGGCCCAGGGCCUGGAGGCGGAGCUGGCCCGGGUCGAGGGACAGAGGAGGGAAGGGGAGUUCCAGCUGAGCAGCCUGCGCUCCGCGUUGCGACGCACUCUGGGCAUCGGUCGGACCGGGCGGCCUCCCAGCCCCGCCCCCUGGCGCCGCGCCCGCUCUCCCCGCAGGGUCGUCUCCCCCACGAGAGGAGCCGAGCCAGCCGGCGAGGGCCGCAGCAGCAGCGGGGCUGACCCCACGACACCCGAGCGCAGCCCUGGCUCUCGUCCGCGGUCCCCGGAGCCCGUGCUCUCCCCGCCCCCCGGGGACCUGGAUCUCGAGGCUGUGCGGGCAGCUCUCCGAGAAUUCCUGCAGGAGCUGCGGGAUGCCCAGCGAGAACGGGACCAAGCGCGGGCCCAGGCGGCAGCCCUGAGCCGCCAGCUGGCGGAGGUGGAGGCGGAGCGGGCCGGCACCGGAGCCCGGGUUCAGCAGCUGCAGGAGCUGAUGGCAGAGAGUGAGGAGGGACGGCGCAGCGCGGACGGGCGGCUGAACGAGGCCCAGACGGCGCUGGUGCUGCAGGAAGAGACCGUGCGGCGUGGCGAGAGGGAGCGCAGGACUGCCCUGGAACAGGUAGCGGCCCUGGAGCGGAGCCUGCAGGCAGCGGAAAGUGAAAGCCGGGCCCAACAGGAGAAGAUCAGCAAGAUGAAAGCCAACGAGGCCAAGCUGGAGAGCGACAAGCGCCGUCUGAAGGAGGUCCUGGACGCGUCGGAAAGUCGUGGCACCAAGCUGGAGCUGCUGCGGCGGGCGCUGGAGGGGGAACUGCAGCGCAGCCGCCGCGGGCUGGGCGACCGUGAGGCCGAGGUCCACGCCCUGAGCGAGCAGGUGGACACGCUCCAGAGACAGGUGGCGGACAGCGAGCUGAAGGCGGAUGCCCUGCAACUGACCGUGGAGCGGCUGAGUGGGGCCCUGGCCAAGGCGGAGCAGAACGAGGAGGCCUUGCGGGAGAAGGUGCAGGGUCUCACCGGGGCGCUGGCCGAGAGCAGUGGCAGCAUCGGUUCCGCCCGGGACAAAAACCUGCAGCUGCAGAAGGCGCUGACAGCCAGCGAGCACGACCGCAGGGUCCUGCAGGAGCGCCUGGAUGCUGCCCGCCAGGCUGUGUCCGAGGCCAAGAAGCAGAGCCACUCCCUGGCGGAGCAGGCCCAGACCCUGCGCAGUGAGCAGGCCGAGCUGGAGCGGCAGCAGAAGGAGCUGGAGGGCCAAGUGCAGCAGCUGCAGGAGCUGUUGCGGCAGCGGCAGGAAGGCGAGUGGGCCGCCCUGCGGGCUGUGCAGAGGCUGCAGGAGGAGCGGGGCGUGCUGCAGGAGCGGCUGGCCAGCCUGCAGCGCGCCCUGGCCCACCUGGAGAGCGAGAAGCGAGAAGUGGAGCGCUCGGCCCUGCGCCUGGAGAAAGACCGGCUCGCCCUGAAGAAGACCCUGGACAAGGUGGCACGCGAGAAGCUACAGAGCCACGAGGACUGGAUGAGGCUGAGCGCCGAGAAAGGCCGGCUGGAUCGCUCUCUUGCUGGCACCGAGCAAGAGCUGACUGAGGCCCAGGGGCAGAUCCAACAGCUGGAGGCCCAGGUGGCCGAGCUGGAGCAGACGCCCUCGCAGGGCCUGCUGGAGGCGGCCUCGCGGCAUCGGCAGGAGCUGCAGGGGGAGGUGGAGCGGCUCCGGGGGGCCCAGGCCCAGGCCGAGCGCACGCUGGAGGCCCGGGAGCGGGCCCACCGCCAGCGGGUCAGGGGGCUGGAGGAGCAGAUUGCCACUCUGAAGGAGCAGCUGCAGCAGGAGAUCCGGAAGUGCCCACCCCAUUUCUCUCCCUCCUCCAAUCUGUCAGGAAACUGAGUGGCCCAAGCCUCAGAGACCGAGUGGGCUGGUGCCCUCAGCUGACCGACGGGCCUCUUGGGGGCAGGGCCGGAAUGGGCGGCCUGCUCCCUAUCCUCCCCCUCGUCCCCAGUUCUGGAUGCUCCCUCUUUCCAGGAAUUUAUGGGGAGGGCCUCCGGCUCUGCCCAGCCGGAGGGGCUGUGGAGCAGCCUCAGGGCUGAGCCCUGGAUAGGGCUGAGAGAGGCUUGGGGUCCAUUGAGGCUUUUGCCCCUUUGCCUCCAGCCCGUGUCAGUGGUUUGGUGCCAGGGAGUCAUUCGUUGAUGCCAGGGAGUCAUUCGUUGACCAUGCAGUGAUCGCAUCCCGGAGAGCUCCAGUUCCUCUGGGGGAGCCUCUCGCCAAAUCCUCGCUGCUGAAAUUCCUCUUGGGGGCAUUUCAUCUGGGGGCCAAAGUGGGGCUAGAGAAGGGAUGCUAGUGUUUCGUAGGAGCAGCUGGGCUCAGGAUGGCCUUUUGCCAGAGAGGCCCGGGGCCCCUCUCACCCUGGAAAAGGCUCAGCCUUACUCCGUACCACUGGCUCAGGGGGAGUUCCAUUUAGAACCAGGAAGAGGGAAGGCUCUCACUCUUUUAACUAGAAGCAGCGUGGCCUAAUGUAAAGAGCACAGGGCUGGGAGUUAACAGACUUGGGUUCUUA